AAGUUGAGUCUAUUUCCAAGAUAGUAAGUUGUAUUUACUCGUUGCUAUCUCAAACUCGUCGGUAAAUAUUUUGUUUAUUGUUGCUAAGUCGGUAAGCAUUCAAAAUCGUCGUCAAAGUACAUAUUUUGACGUUCUAGAACAUUUUUUAGAUAUUUUAUUAAAAAAACUAACAAAAAUCAAUCGCGCAAAAAAUGUCAUAAGCAUCACGAACGUUAAAGACUUGCCGAUCUUAGACAAAACAAUUGUCUUCGAUCAGUAAAAUGUCCUUACCCUUCUUGAUGCUUAGUAUACUAUUUCAGAUUUAAAAUGAAAUCUACGAGGUUACUACUCGUAUUUAUUAUUCUCAUAUUAGUUUCUGUUGUCCAUGCUAAGAGCAACAUAUUUACACUGAAGAAUAAGACUAAUAUCUAUUGCAUAAACGAAGAAACUGAAGGUUCCGGAGUUUUUGUUGAUCCUGUUGCUGAAACAUCUGAGACGUUGCUUUUAUCAAAAAAUAAUAUAAAGUGGCUGUCUGAUGAUUGGGAAGUCAAAAAUGCAUCAAGCUUAAAUAUGGUUCAUGUUACAGACAAAAGAUGGAAUAAUUUUGCCAUAAAAUCGAAUUUCUAUUUUCAUUAUAAGUUACUUUCUUCUGUAUCUGUUUCUUUAUAUGCUAAAGAGAAAACUGAAAUAGAGAUUUUCGUGUACAAUAAUGAAGAGCGCAAAUACUAUCAUACAUCAGUUGAAGACAAACAGUGGUACCAUUUCACUGUCACUACAAAAAAUAAUUAUGUUAAUAAUAUGAGAAAUAAUGAAAUAAUUGGAAAAUACGAUAAUGUUGUACCUACUGAUGUUGUUUUUAGAAGUAGAAAUGGAAACGUUUUUUUGAAAGAACAUUUAUACAACUUGAGAUGGUCAAACAAAAUUAGUGAAAGACAACCAACAACUUUGACAAUUCCAUCAAAUAGAAUAUCGUGUCUACUUUUGUUUAUAUCCUUAUGUAAUGAGUGUUAUUUGAAUAUUACUUAUCAAAAUUUAACAACAACAAUUAAUAGUAAUCUAUUAAAUCAAGGUGAAUCAGUCAUGAAGUGGCAAGUAAAUAAAACAGUCUUAAACUUUGAGAAAGAUGCUGAAAUACAUAUUCGUAGAGGAAGAUAUGGCAGGGAAAAUUUUGGAUAUUGGAUACUCGAUUACGAUAUUUGCGAGUCACCUAACAUGGUUUCUCGCCACAUUAAUUCUUCAGAAGAAAAGUUGACUUGUAAGAGCUUAAAUCAAAAUAAAAACACCAAAAGAAACGUUACCACAAAUAACUGCCAACUUAGUUGUCAAAGUCUGCUCGGACUUAAUUUUCCUUUUUGCAAUGAUUUUACAAUAGGAUAUAACGCUAGAUGGAAUUGUUCUUGGGAUUCAUCUGAAAAUUUUUGCGAAAUUGGUUGUGACAUUGGAACUUUUGAACUUUCUUCUAACAGCACAUACAAUAAAACACAUAACAAAUAUCCUAGAAGUACAAAUGCUAAAGCGGAAACUCCGAGAACUACAAUUAUUGUUAUUGUUGUUUUUCUUAUUCUUUUUCCUUCUUUUUUUUUUAUUAUCAUAUUUGCAUUUAUUAAGUGGUGGAGCUUUAUUCUUCCAAAGAAUCUCACGCAUGGAGUAUGCUCGAAUUGACUCCAAUAGUAAAAUGUCAAUUCUACCGCAAACUCAGAAAAGUAUAUUUUUUUUAAGGAAAACACUGGUAAAUUUAACAUUUCUUCUGGAUAUUUAAUACCAUCAACUUCGAACCAAAGAUUUUUAAGAUUGCAAUGAUUAAAUAAGCUACAAUCUUUUGACUGAUCAUCAUUUGUUUUUCUAUCUGCUUGAAAACCGAUAAUUCCGAAUAAUGGAUUGUAGACAAGCGCCCAAGCAAAAUACUUCUUGCCCAAGCGACUGCCCACCCUGUUCAAAUCAAAUUAUAUAUUUGCAAAAAAGUGCUUUUCUGAUAAUUUGAGAGUUUUUCAUAAAACAUUCCAAAAAAACAAGUGUGACCACCUAUUGUAAACUUUUAACUGUAACUGGCGCCACUCCGAAUAAUAUUAUUGGAUUAUGUUUCAGCUGAUUCGACACGAUCUGUAAAAUAAAUAUUUUAAUUAAAAUUUGUUGCUGUAAAA